AUGCCCUCAGUUAACAAGGAUCCUACCAACUGGCUGGACUGCCAACUGUUUCAGAAAGUCCUCGCGCAUCACACAGCUGAUCGAACCUUAGAAGUGGAUGAUGUGCAACUUGCUCUUCAGGGAAAUGCUGCCUUACAGUACGCUAGCACGAUCUACCAAGCCAUCGUGAGCUACCGUAGCCGAGGAAAUGCUGAAUCGAUUAAGUUGAUUGUGAAGUUAAUCUCCUCGAAGGUAAACAGCGUAACAGACGAAUCGUCGUUUGAUACCGAGCUUAACGUGUACCGUGAUUAUCUGGCUAAAGUGGACAGCGUUUUUGGUGAAAGCAAUAAGUCACAUUUUGGACCGAAGCUAAUUUAUGCGGCUAGUGAACCCACACCAUACAUCAUUCUGGAGGAUUUAACGAGUCAGCAAUUCGUGCAUUGCAACAAACUUCUCGGUUUGGAUGAUGCCAAAGUAGUCCUGAUGAAGUUGGCCCAAUUCCACGCUACAUCGUACAGUUUGAACAACUCGUCUAAGCAAUCAGAUGUGUCCAAUAGGGCUGAUAAUGCUCUCUUCAAACAAAAAGCGUCGGAGGGCAUGAAGUUCAUGCAGGAUAAUUUGGGCAUUUUCAUCGAAGAAGUGUCACAAUGGCAAGGAUAUGAAAAAUAUGCCCAACGAUUGACCAAUAUCCUGCACACCUUCGUUGAACGCGGAACGGCGAUCUACGACCCGAGAGUGCACGAAUUUAACGUGCUCAUUCACGGAGACUUCCAUUACAACAACAUGCUGUUCAAGUUUGAUAGUGACAAUCGCGUGCAAGAUGUACUCUUCUACGACUUCCAGCUCAGCUGUUGGACGACGCCCGCAGUGGAUCUGCUGUACUUCCUGUACUUCAUAUGCGAUCGUGAGACUCGCAAUUCGCAACGUCAGCAACUGCUGCAAAUGUACCAGCAGGAGUUCACACGCACCCUAAACGACAUUGGACACAUGGGAAAGGGUCCCGCCUUGCUCGACAUCAACUGUGACCUACUGCAGGCCGGCUUUCUCGAGGUCGUCAUCGCGAUCUGUUUCGUGCCGUUUCUUUUUGCCGACUACAACCACGUGACGGACGUCUACAUCGGCAAGAACGAGGAUGCGCGUGUCUAUCGUCGUAAGCUUUACAGCAAUGAGGAGUAUCAAGCGAUCAUCAAGCCCCUGUUGCCACACUUUUUGCAUAAAGGUUUUCUAGAUUAG